CUUUACGAUGGGGCAGGAGCUGCGGCGGCUGCGGCCGGAGGGGGAGGAUCAGACCUUGUUCCGCUGCAUCCAGAGCAUGCCGGCCAAUCUGGAGCAGGCAUACAACACUUGCUACAGUGGAGGUAUAUUCCACCUGCAGCAAGGAGACCGUGUGAACUUGCGCAUCCCGCGGUUCAACGCUUCUUUCAUAAUUAGUCCUCAUGGGACCUUCUUAGGACUCCUCCGUCUAUAGCGGGAGUACCUGGCAAGCACAUUUCCCACUCACGCACACACACAGAGAUGUUGGGACAAGCCAGCUGGCCUUUGGAGAAAGAAACCUGGUGGAGUUGAGGACUCUGGAGGCACCAUGGAGGUGAGAAGCAGGCAUCUUUUCAAGGCGCACUACAGCCACCAUUGGCAAUGACAGGAGGCCAGACCCUGACGCCCCCUUCCUAGUGGCAGGACACAGAAAGGAUC